GAAACGUCUGUCUCUGGACCACAGCGAAGCGUACGGAGGCGAGCAAUCAAAAUUCAAGACGAACAAUAAAAACAAGAAGAAACGAUAACUGCAACGAUUAACGAUAACUGUGCUGCCUGUGUGUGUGAGAGCGACUGUCUGCUAGAGUGUGCGAGUGCGAGCGUGUGUGAGUGAGUGUGAGUGAGUGUCUUCUGGCUGCCGUAGACAUGACCAAAUUUCUGGCGCUGUUUUUGCGCCUCGGCCUGGUGCUGGUCCUGGCCGCUGCCGCGGCCGGUGCUGAGGUCAAGGUCGCCGACAAGGAGUCGUCGUCGUCGCCGCUGGCCAUCGAGCAAUCCACGGAGUCGCCCAUUGCGGACAUGGCGCUGAUUGAGGAUGCGCCCGUGGUGCCCAAGCUGCCCACCGAGAAGCCGCCAGUGGCGCAGGCGGAGGCAUCGCCCGCAGCUGCGGCCAGCGAAAUGCCAGCUGCCAAGGCGGAGCUGUCGGACGAGAAGUCUGCCCAGCCGCACACCGUCGCCGACUUCAUCAUUCAUCCGCUGAUCGCAUUCAAGCCACGUCAGGCCACGCCUGAGGAGAUGCAGGCGCAGGGCAAACAGGCAACGCCGGCUGGCGGCAGCGGCUCGACCACGUCCACCUCGCCCGGCACCUGGCUGUUCGGCAUGAAUCCGGGCCAGGGCCUGGGCUCCUCCUUCUCGACGCUGGCUGGCUCUGUGUCCGGCUGGUUCAAUGAUCGUCUGGCCGCUGCCGGCCAGCAGCUGCCCUCCUUGCCCGGUCUGCCCGCCCUCGUGGAUACGCCUGUCCGUGACAGUGCCAGCAGCACCACCAGCACCACCCAGCGACCCGACAUUGUUGUCCGGCUGCAGCAGCGUCCAAACAGAAGACGCGGCAAUGGCAAUGGCAAUGGCAAUGGCAACCUGAACGGAGUCGGCAACAACAACCGCAACGGCAAUCGCAACGGCAAUCGCAAUGGCAAUCGCAACGGCAAUCGCAAUGGCAAUGUGAAUCGUGUCCAGCGUCCCAAUCGCUUCGACAAUCAUCUGGACUCGCUGGAAUCGCUGGAGGAGUACGAUGACGUGGAUUACUUCAAUGGCAAUCGCUACGACGAGUUUUAUGAUGAUGAUGACCAAGAGGUGAACGAACAGGUGCACAACGACGACGAUGACCAAUCGCUGGAGCAGGUCGACGAGGAAGACGAUGACGAUGACCAGCAGUCCGCUGAGGAGCAAACACAAACGCAGAAGCCCAAGCAGCGCCGCCGACCCGCCCAGACGCAGGUGGUGCGACGCAAGCAGCAGCAUCAGCAGACGCAGCCGAUAAGGCAGCCGCUCGCGGUGGUGGCGCAGGCCGACGACGAGGAGGAGGAUGACGAUGCAGAGGUGGAGCUGGAGAAUGACGAUGACAGCGACAAUGAAGAGACCUUCGAGCCGGUCAUCUAUACUCAGUCCUCGCGCAAGUCCCAGAGUCAGCCCGGCUUCAUUCAAAGCGGCCAAGCGAAUCUGAUCAAUCAGAUACGCAGAUUCACCUUCGGGCAAACGCCCGGCGAGGUCGGCGCCAAGAUACGCCAAUCGCAGGCCAGCCAGAACCCCAUCCGAGCAGGUGCACGCCGCCCACAGCAGACCACGCUGUUGGUGAAUCGCAACGGCCAGACGGUUUAUGUGGCGCCCGAGCUGCUCAAUCUGAGCCCCAACUACCCCAACUACGGCUACGUGUCCCAACCCACCAAAGUGCAGAAGCAGCAUCAGCGCCUGCCCGUCAGCCCCUAUCCACAGCCGCCACUCACCGUGCCGCUGCGCCGCAAGGGCCGCCCCACUCAAUACAUCACGAUACCCUGGAGUCAGCUGGGUCUCUCGGCCCCCGAUCGCCAGUCGGUUGUGUCGCUAGCCGAAGGCAUCCAGGCGCAGCCGCUGAUCCUCAACAUACCCGAGAGCGCCGUUAGCAGCGUGCCCGUGCGCGGCUCCACGACAGCAACGGGGCAGCAGAAGAAACGCAAGCGUCCGACAUUGACGGCUGCAGCAGUGCCGUUGCUGGCCGAUGCCUCGCUCAUGGACAUCUUCCAGCCACCACAGAUUCCCCCAUCGCGUACCGGCUCCACCUCGAGCGUCAAGCCGAAGCCCAAGCCUGUGCUGAUCGCUGCCAAGCCAGUUCAGGCUGGCUCCGGCUCCAGCCUGCUGCCCACACGCAUACGUCCCGCCACAAUUGUGGAGAAGGCGCCCGCCGUGGACAACGCCGAGAAGCCCCAAGCUCAAGCCCAAGCCGCCGACGCCCAGAAGGAGCAGGCCGACAAGGCCACGGCUGAAGCAGCGCCCGCCGCCGCCGAAAUGGCCAUGGACGCGGUGCCAGCCACGCCCGAGCAGGAGUUCAUCAUUGUGGGCGAGGACAACGAGCCCGGCGUCUCGCGCCACGUGCAGCCCGUGUACGGCGAUGCACGUUACGUGUCCUACGGCGACUUCCAGCCCUACUUCGAUCUGCUGCAUCAGAAUCGUCGCUUUGCGCUGCGCAAGGCGGGUCGUGCCCUUGAGUCGGAGGCCGUGAGCGCGCCCACUGACCAGGUCUAGUUUUUUUUUAACGAGAGCACAAACUGAUAAUUGCGAAAUGCGAAAAGCAAAGAAAAAGAAAAUACGAAAUGAAAUGAAACGAAAUCUUACAAAA